CACAAGCAACUGGCAUCACUGUGGCUGGAUAAACAAACUUCACGCAUACCGUUUUACACCUCUGCAGCAGUUUUAAUUAUUCUCUUUCAGAAUAUCUGUAUUUUAGGUGGAAAAACCCAGAAACAACAUCCUUAGGAGGCACAAUGAUUCAUCUAAAUGGAAAUGGCGCACAGUCUAACCAAGAUGCAGAAGACCGUGAAGCUGAGUUACUCUGCUUGAAGAUUAAAGACCACCUGGAGGAAAUGUUCUCUGACAGUCACCUGGCAGAGGACGGCUUCCUGCUAAAACACAUGCAGAAGAACAAGCAGGGUUACGUCAGCCUCAAGCUACUCACUUGUCUGAAAAAGAUAAAGGCCCUGACCACAAACUGGUACAUGACCCUGGCAGCUGCAGAGUGCUCAGACCUGCUGGAGUUGAACGAGGAAUGCACCAAGGUUCGACGCAAAGAGCCUCUUCCUCAAUGGCUAAUGUGCUCCCCGACCAGCCGGCUCCUCCUCAUCUGGAACCCUUCCGAGGAGCAGAGUGGAGAAGACGCAACGGAAUCAGGGCAGCCUUCGCUCUUACUGAGCAUCCUCCAGAAGUUUGACAUUCCUGGUGACGUCGCUUCAGUCUGGAUCCUGCAUCCUGGAGAGGAGCUUCCCAAAGAGCUGCAAUGCUACGCCAAACGUCACAAAGUGCUCAGCCAGCUUUUGUGUGCCGUAAUGAAGUUUAAUAGUUUGGAGUCGGUUCGUAGGGGCUUCAGCUCUCUCAGAGAAGAAAAGACUGAUAGGAGGGGUCUGUGUGUGGUGCCUUUGGGUUGGCAAUCAAUGCAGGGCAUCAACAACUUUGAACCAUCUGAGAAGAACAAAGUGGACGGCACAUGUUCUAAGGGACAUUCUCAGGAAAUCUCUCUGAUUUUGGUCCAGCAGGAUCGUCCCGCACCUCUCAAGUUUUCUGAAGAAACUGCAGAAGCGCAUCAUCCUCAAGCACACCAGGAUAACUCCAGCUGCAGUGAAAAGUCAUUGCGGGGAUUAACUAAGAGGUACAGCUGGACAGAUUGGUGCUCCGGAGACCGUAAUACGCAGAUUUCUCAGUGCCCGUGGGUACUGAAGCGCAAAUCUGCAGCCAGUGCAGCAAAGCCAGAGAUGGCUGAGCACCUGAACAUAGCCGGCUUAAUAUUAAAAAUCCUGCGUCAGCCCUUGGGCCCUGAUGAUACCAAGAGCUUUCAAGCCAGAAGGCAGAGAUCCAACUUUCUUUGAUGAGAGACCCUUAGUGGAGAUCUAAAAGGAGACAGAGCUAAAAAAAAAAAUAGUCAAAAGCUGCGACAAGAAGACAGAAAAUUUGUUUCCAUUAAAGAAAAUGAGGUUCUGCUGA